AUGUGGAUAGUCGCAGGUACGUUGAAAAUUUCUCUCAGGGUAUAUAGCACCGAUUUCUCGGGAGGGCGAAGGGGGGAUGUCUUUGUGUCCUGGCGAAAGAAUUUUGUUUUGAGUCAGUCCAGUUUCGACACGCGCGCGAGGCGGAGCUCCUCAUCCCUUUCGAUCCAUCUCCGAGGUUAUUCAGAGCGUGAUCCAAGCGUGUCCGUUGGAGGCGAUGUUAUCACGCACAACGUCAGCGAUAGGCCGUACUUCGAGCUGAACGUACAACGUAAUGUGACAACCGCUGUUGGUCAGACUGCUUUCCUGCAUUGUUGGGUGCACGAAAUCGGCGACAAGGAGGUUAUUUGGAAUGCGAGAGUACCGGCAAGUACCGGCACAAGCAAUUGUCCCACCAGUCACAUUUGCUGA